AAAAAGGAAAAAAACUUUAGGAAGAGAGAGAAAGAGUGAUAUGGAAAUAUUGAAAGGAAUUGUAGAGAGAGAAAGAGUGUUCGUUGGUUUGUUCAUAGUAGCUGCUUUAAUGAAUUCCCACAAAAACAAAAACAAUCUCUUCUUUUUAAAAUUUAAUUAUUAUUACUACAAUUCCUACUACUACAAGUACAACUAUUUUCUUCCUCUUUAUUAUUCUUUUAUCCAACAAAAACAACAAAAGUCUUCUGAUAGUAAAUAUGUUGAAGAAUACUUAUACUACCAAUACAGUCAAUCUUCUUGCUUUAAUUCUUCUAUUUCUAAAACUAAAAUUAAAUUUACUUGUUUUUUUUUGGUUGCUAUCAUUAUUCUUUAUUAUUGUUAUUCCCCAAAUCUUACCCAAUGCAUACUCUUGUACAAGCAAUCCCUUCUUUUAUUCUUGGAUUACAUCAAUUUCUAGAGAGAGACUACUUUUUUAGAUACAUGGAUUUAUAGAGAGAGAAACAAGGAUAGAAAAGAGGGUUUCAUUGAUUGAUGAAUUUGGCAAUUUCUCUCUCUUUUUUCUUUCUUUUGUGUUCUUAGUAAAACACCCAUCUUUUGAUUUUCUUGUUUGUUUUGAUGGUUUUUGAAUACCCAAUUGGUUAUGUACUGGUUUUUAAUUUCUGGGUUUCUGGGUUUGUGAUUUGAUAAUCCAAGAUCUGAUUUUUGAUUGAUUUUUAGGGUUUUGGUUUUGAAAGGGUUGUUGGGGAUUUUAUGAUGGAAGGUGGAAAUUCUGAUGGGGAAAAGAAACCUCCUGAAAGUGGUGGUGAUGGUGGUGGAGGUGGAGGUGGUACUGGUGGGAGUGGGGAGCCUAAAACUAAGAGAAAGAUGAAAACCCCUUCUCAACUUGAAGCUCUUGAGAAAACUUAUCAGAUUGCAUCAUACCCUUCAGAAGCUUUAAGGGCAGAACUUUCAGCUCAAUUAGGGUUAUCUGAUCGGCAAUUACAGAUGUGGUUUUGCCAUAGGAGGUUGAAGGAUAGGAAACCACAAUCAUCAUCAGGAGGAGGAGGUGGAGGAAGUUCAGGAAAGAGGUCAAGGAAGGGGGAGCUUUUACCGUCUGUUACCGCCACAGUUACGGUUGCUGCAUCCGGAACUCCUCCACUUCCACCCCCUCCUGUGGUGCCCAAGGAUGAUAUGCUGGGUAGUGAGUUGGGGAUUGAGCAUGGUUCCGGGUCUGGAUCAGGGUCCAGCCCUUAUGGCCAUAUGGACCCACGUCGUGCUUACGUGGGCCGACCUGGUGUUGCUGUGCCUAGAAUUAGUGGGCAUGGGAGGUACUAUGAGGCUCCUCAAUCAGUAUCUGAACUAAGGGCCAUUGCAUUUGUUGAAGCACAGCUUGGGGAGCCACUUAGGGAGGAUGGCCCUGCACUUGGGAUGGAGUUUGAUCCUUUGCCUCCUGGUGCUUUUGGUGCUCCCAUUGCAGCAUCGCUGGCACCACAAAAAACAGCAGGAAGAACGUAUGAGGUUUCUGUGUACGAACUUUCUGAUGCUAAAUCUACCAAGCAGGGUCCUAGUAGAGCAUUACAUGAGUAUCAGUUUCUUCCUGAGCAGCCAACUGUAAGAAGUGAGUCUUAUGAAAGAGUUUCGCAAUCUCUCUACUAUGGUUCACCUUCUGAUGGUCCUGGAACCAAGACGCCUCCUUUAUCGAGUGGUCGCUCAAAUAUGCAUGGUUAUGACGAAGUGCCUGUGGCGUAUGGUGUCCAAAAUCAGCUUCCUAGUUUGAACCUGAUGUCUCAUCAGGGAAAUGUGAGUAAUCAUAUGUCGUCUACUUCAGGGGACUAUGAAGCCAUGACGAGAAAAUCUCCCUAUGUGAAUGUGGGCAUGGAAUCAUCAUUAAGUACACAUCCAAUCUCAGGAAUGGCUAGUGCACUUGUGCCAUCUGAGAGGCGUGCCACCCAAGAAGAGGACGCUGGAAGACUGGAGAGGAAGCGCAAGAGUGAAGAAGCAAGAAUAGCCAAAGAAAUUGAAGCUCAUGAGAAAAAAAUGCGGAAAGAGUUAGAGAGGCAAGAUAUUCUGAGGAGGAAGAGAGAAGAACAAAUGAGAAAGGAAAUGGAGCGCCAAGAUCGGGAGCGAAGGAAAGAGGAGGAGAGGUUAUUGCGUGAAAAGCAGCGGGAAGAGGAACGAUAUCAGCGGGAGCAAAGACGUGAGAUGGAACGUAGGGAGAAAUUUUUGUUGAAAGAGUCUAUCAGAGCUGAGAAAAUGAAGCAAAAGGAAGAAGUACGGAGAGAGAGAGAAGCAGCUAGACAGAAAGCUGCUAAUGAUCGAGCUGUUGCCAAAAGACUUGCCAAAGAAUCGACAGAGCUUAUCGAAGAUGAGAGAUUGGAGCUAAUGGAGAUAGCUGCAUCAAGAAAAAGUUUGACAUCCAUCUUGUCACUUGACAGUGAAACUUUGCAAAAUCUUGAUUCUUUUAGAGAUAUGCUUCGGCGGUUCCCUCCAACGUCUGUGCAGCUGAAGAAGCCGUUUGCAACACGACCAUGGUUGGGUUCUGAAGAAAAUGUGGGAAAUCUUUUAAUGGUUUGGAGAUUUCUGAUUACAUUUACCGAUGUUCUUGGAUUGUGGCCGUUCACUCUUGAUGAGUUUAUGCAAGCUUUUCAUGAUUAUGAUCCUCGGUUAUUGGGAGAAAUUCAUGUAGCUCUUCUGAGAACUGUCAUCAAGGAUAUCGAAGAUGUUGCUAGAACACCUUCUAUUGGACUGGGUGUAAACCUAAACAGUGUGGCUAAUCCUGUUGGUGGACAUCCUCAGAUAGUUGAAGGCGCGUAUGCAUGGGGUUUUGAUAUACGCAGCUGGCAGUGCAACUUAAGCCCAUUGACAUGGCCAGAAGUUCUACGACAGUUUGCUCUAGCUGCAGGUUUCGGGCCAAAACUGAAAAAAAGAAAUGUUGAGCAAGGAUUUUCUCGGGAGGAGAAUGAGGGAAAUGACGGUAUUGAUGUUGUAUCUAAUUUACGUAAUGGCGCAGCAGUUGAAAAGGCUGUUGCUAUUAUGCGAGAGAGGGGUUACUCUAAUCCACGCAGGUCAAGGCACAGACUGACCCCUGGCACGGUCAAAUUCGCCGCUUUUCAUGUUUUGUCUCUUGAGGGAAGCGAUGGUUUAAAUAUAUUGGAAGUUGCUGAUAGGAUACAGAAAUCCGGCCUUCGUGACCUAACCACAAGCAAGACUCCUGAAGCAUCAAUUGCUGCAGCUUUAUCUAGAGACACAAAGCUUUUCGAAAGGACUGCGCCUUCAACAUAUUGUGUGCGUUCACCCUACAGGAAGGAUCCUGUUGAUGCAGAAGCCAUUCUAUCUUCUGCCAGGGAAAAGAUUCGGGUAUUUAAAAUUGGGUUUGCUGAUGAAGUUGAGGCAGAUGUUGAUGGGAUGGGGGCUGAUGAUGUUGAAGCUUAUGAGGUUGAGAAAGAUGAUGAAUCAGAAAGUGAUACAGCUGAAGAUCCCGAGAUCGAUGAUUUGACCGCUGAGCUAACACCAAACAAAGAAGCAAAUCUUUCUUAUGACAUGAAUAGUUGUGUGCCAAGAAUUGGGUCAGACAAUGGAAGCGAUUUACAUUCCCGUGUUGAUAAAACUUCCAAUGGACUUGUAAAUGCUGGUGAUGUUUUGUCUUCAGCUCAUUUGGAAAGCUUUAAGGAGAUGGACAACAAUGGAUGUUUUGUAGAGGAAUCCAUUGAUGUUGGAGGAAUUUGCCAAGAGGCGAAUAAUACUGAUCAUGAAGACACUGAUGUAGAUGAAAGUUGUCCCGGUGAACCUUGGGUUCAGGGACUUAUGGAAGGGGAAUACUCAAAUCUAAGCGUCGAAGAGCGCCUUAAUGCUCUAGUUGCCCUUAUUGAUGUGGCUACUGAGGGUAACACAGUUAGAGUUGCUCUAGAGGAGCGUUUGGAAGCAGCAACUGCGCUAAAAAAGCAAAUGUGGGCUGAAGCUCAACUGGACAAGCGCCGGUUGAAAGAGGAGUUUCUGAUGAAGACGCCUUACGCAACAUUUGUCCCUAACAAAUCAGAAUCAAACAUGAUGGCAUCUGCAGCUGAUACUGGGCAUAGUCCAAUGCUUUCAUUUGAUAAAAGUAAUAAUGAAACAAUGAUGCAGCAAAAGUCCUUCUUUGAUGCUCAUAUUGACAAUAAUUUAAAUGCAGCUUCCUCGGAGAAGAAUUCAACAACGCUGAAUUUUGUUUUGGGUUCAGACAAUGUUGCUUCGCAGCAGUCUGUAUAUGCUGCGGAGCGGUGUCGUGCUCAAUUGAAGUCCUAUAUUGGACAUAAAGCUGAGGAAAUGUAUGUUUAUAGGUCAUUGCCUCUUGGUCAAGAUCGCCGAAGAAACAGAUACUGGCAAUUUAUUGCAUCCGCUUCUUGUAACGAUCCUGGUGCUGGCAGGUUAUUUGUGGAAUUGCAUAAUGGUGGCUGGAGGCUAAUUGAUUCUGAAGAGGGUUUUGACGCUCUCUUGGCUUCGCUGGAUGUACGUGGGGUGAGGGAAUGUCAUUUGCAUGCAUUGUUGCGGAAAGUUGAACUUCUUUAUAAGGAGUCUGUUAGAAGGAAAGGAUUCGAUACUACCAUCGAUAAACAGAACGGGUUUUCCGUCAAAGCUGAAGCUUCUGAAGUACCAUUUAAUCGUGAAAGCAGUGGUGGUGUAGAUAGCCCUAGUAGUACUAUCUGUGCUUCAAACUCUGAGAUGUCCGAACCUUCAUCAUCUUUUAAGAUAGAGAGUGGCAGAAACAGUGUUGAAACAAAGAAUUCCUUGAGAAGGUACAAAAGUUUUGAAGAUUGGAUGUGGAAGGAAUGCUUCUUCUCUUCUGCUUUAUGCUCCGCUAAGUUUGGGAAGAAGAGAUGUACGGAGCUGAUCAGCAGAUGUGAUUCUUGUCGUGAUCUCUACUUUUUUGAAGAUAAUCACUGCUCGUCCUGCCAUAAAACCUACACCGCAUAUGACAAGAGUUUUAAUUUCUCCGAGCAUGUCGUGCAGUGUGAAGGGAUUAAAGGAAGCCUCCAGAGUCUCGAAUAUCCUCCUCCAAGGAUAAGAUUGCUCAAGGCUCUCUUAGCUCAAGUUGAGGUUUCUGUCCCUUCUGAAGCCCUUCAACCUUUUUGGUCAGAUGAUUAUCGCAAAUCUUGGGGAAUGAAGCUAUAUAUGUCAUCUUCGGCAGAAGACCUUCUUCAGGUGCUGACACUACUAGAAGGAGCGAUAAAGAGGGAUUUCUUGUCAUCGCAUUUUGAGACUACCGGUGAAUUAUUGGCCUCUGGUAAUGUUGACGGGUACAUUGUCAAUGAUGUCUCCACUUUUGGUUCUAUAACCAUGCUUCCAUGGAUACCCCAAACAACAUCGGCUGUGGCGUUACGGCUAAUGGAACUUGAUUCGGCUAUUUCAUACCUGCCAGAUCAGAAAGAAAAAGAUUCAGAGCCUAGGCACUUUCUGAAACUUCAUUCCAAGUACACUGUUGUGAGAAAUGUCCCAGAGGAUGAGCUUGCUGCUGUGGAUCAACAGGAAGAUGCGUGGAAUGACAGGGGGAGUGAUCUUGGCUUAGUUUCCAUACGUGGUAGUAAUGGCCGUGGGGGUCGGGGGAGAACCCGUGGUGGAAAAUCCCAAAGGAGGGUUGUUGGUUCUCGAGUUGGCGAACCUAGUAGCAGAAGUGUAGCCUCCAAUGAGAGACUUGGUGAUGGGCUGGGAGGAUGGAAAGGCCGCAGUAGUCGUGGCAAAGGUGGGCGGAAGCGUGGUCGUCGUUCUGUCAGGAAAAGGCAGAAAUCUGUCAAGAAGGUGGCACCAGCAGCAACAGCAAGUGUUGGCGUACGAAGUUUACCCGAGCCAAUUAUCUUCGAUAAAUCUCCUCCUGGAUUUUCUGGACGAGAUGAAUGGAACGGUGAGGAUAGUAGACAGAUGAUGGCGGACGAGGUUGAUGUUAACGAUGAUAGCAACUCAGAGAGGUCCGACUAUGUCGAUGAUGAGCAUGGGCAGGCUUCAGGGGAUGAGUACGACGACAUGGCCAUUGACGACUAUGCUGCUGUUUAUAAUGGCAGGCCAACAACUCAUAGUCAUUAUAAUGAUGGUGAUGAAGAAGAUGACGAUAACGAUAACGAUGAAGUUGGAGAUGAUGAUGAUGGUGAUGAAGUGGCAGAUGAUGUUGAUGAAGAUGACAUGGACGUCGAUGGAGGUGAAUAUGAACAAGGUGAUUUAGAUGUGGGAGGAUAUUUGAAUGCUGAUUCCGAUGAUGAGAUCGUGGGGAACGGAGAUGAUGAUCAAGAUGACACUUCUGAAUCCGCAUCAACUGAAUAUAGUAGUGAUGAGUAGUUUAAGAGAAUGUUGAUCAAAUGUAAUAUGUAAGGUUAGAGAUGUACGUAGUUUCCCUGUUUAUUGUAAAUUUGUCGCGGUUUAGCAAUUACAAAUCUAAUCAUAAUGUUGAGCAGAAGUUUUUUACAUAUUUAGAGGUUAAUCCCAGUUGUAUCAAAUACAAAUUCAUCCUUUAAAAUAUAAGCCCAGCUUCAGUA